AUGGCAUAUUAUCAAGGAGGUGGUGGUCCACCACAAGGAGGAUAUCCACCACAACAGCAACAGCCAGGAUCACCUCAAAUAUAUCCACCAUCGCAACAAGGCGUCUACCCACCAGUUGUCCAGUCUGUCUCUUUUGUAGAACAACAACCACUUUUACCAACUCCACACUCGGAAACAGCAGAGAAUACUCCUCCGUCGUCGGAGAAUGUUAAACUCCAAGAACAGCCUCAAAUUCACUACGGACAGGCUCCAGCACGUCAGCCUCGUCGUUAUAAAACUACAAGACGCGUUGAACUAUCUAAAGGAAACUUGGUGCUUGACUGUCCGGUGCCCUCGAAAUUAUUGGAACAAUGUCCGAGAAAGGAUCAGAAAGAGUUCACUCAUAUGCGUUAUACUGCCGCUACUUGCGAUCCAAAUGACUUUAAGCGUGAUUCAUACACUUUACGUCAGCAAGAAUAUCAAAGAAAAACAGAAUUAUUUAUCGUAUUGACUAUGUAUAAUGAAGACGAAAUUUUAUUUGCGCGUACUUUUCAUGGUGUCGUAAAGAAUAUAGCACAUCUUUGCUCUCGUGAUCGAUCUCGUGUAUGGGGUAAAGAAGGAUGGAAAAAAGUGACCGUAUGUAUAGUAUCUGAUGGUCGAACAAAAAUCAAUCAACGUACGUUAUCUUACCUGGCCGCUAUUGGAGUAUAUCAGCACGAUAUUGCGAAAAAUAAAGUCAAUGAAAAAGACGUAACUGCUCAUAUUUAUGAAUAUACAACACAGAUUUCUAUCGAUCCAGAUAUGAAAUUUAAAGGCGCUGAUCGUGGCAUUGUCCCAAUUCAAAUUCUUUUCUGUCUCAAAGAAAAGAACGCAAAGAAAAUCAAUUCACAUCGUUGGUUUUUUAAUGCUUUUGGUUCAGUUCUCGAGCCAAAUAUCUGUGUUCUUCUCGAUGUCGGAACAAAACCUGGUGGCACCUCAAUUUACCAUUUAUGGAAAGCUUUUGAUCUCAAUUCUUAUAUAGCGGGUGCUUGUGGUGAAAUUGUCGCAAUGAAAGGUACCGCUGGUGUUAAUCUAUUAAAUCCAAUUGUUGCUGCACAAAAUUUCGAAUACAAAAUGUCAAAUAUUCUCGACAAACCCCUCGAAUCCGUUUUCGGCUACAUCACUGUGUUACCCGGUGCCUUCUCUGCUUAUCGAUAUCAGGCUCUUCAGAAUGAUAAAAACGGAAAUGGCCCGUUAGCCUCUUAUUUCAUGGGUGAAUCACAGCAUGGUGCAGACGCUGAUAUCUUCACGGCUAACAUGUACCUUGCAGAAGAUCGUAUUCUCUGUUUUGAAUUAGUAGCAAAACGUAAUUGUGCUUGGGUGUUACAUUAUGUGAAAUCAUCGUAUGCUGAAACUGAUGUUCCCGAUCAAAUUCCCGAAUUAAUUUCACAGCGAAGACGUUGGUUAAAUGGUUCAUUUUUCGCUGGUGUUUAUGCUAUUGCUCAUACUUCUGCCAUUUGGAGGAGUGAUCAUAGUAUGGUCAGAAAAGUUUUAUUGCACAUUGAAAUGGCGUAUCAAUCAUUUAAUUUAGCAUUCUCUUGGCUUGCGUUGGGUAAUUUUUAUUUGACUUUCUAUAUUUUGGGCAAUUCUUUAUCGGAACCUCAAGUGGCUAAAGGGUUAUGGAGUCCAAAUACUGGAGAAGUCAUUUUUCAAAUCUUAAGAUAUAUUUAUUUGACCUUACUUAUAAUCCAGUUUAUUUUGGCCAUGGGUAAUCGACCUCAAGGUUCAAAAUGGGCGUACGUCGCCUCGAUUACAUUUUUUGCGGGUCUUAUGGGUUAUAUGUUAUUCGCUGCCGGUUGGCUCACUGCUAAAGGUAUCCAAUUCGCCAUUGAUAACACAGAUGGUCAACUCACCGGUGCAAAUGUCUCGACGGCAGCUGCUGUUUUCGGCGACCCAACAUUCCGGAAUGUUAUCUUGUCGUUAGCAUCCACUUAUGGUCUAUACUUUUUUGCCAGUUUCCUGUUCUUCGAGCCGUGGCAUAUGUUUACCAGUCUUAUUCAGUAUUUGUUUUUGGUGCCGUUCUAUAUUAAUAUUUUGAAUGUGUAUGCUUUCUGUAAUGUACAUGAUGUCAGUUGGGGUACAAAAGGUGAUAACGCCGUAAAACAAGAUCUCGGAUCAGUGUCCUCACAUCCUGGCAAAAGCCAUGUUGACAUUGCACUCCCAACCGAAGAAAAGGACAUCAACGCCGCCUACGAAGAAGCAUGCGCCGAACUCGCAAAAGUCGUCGAACCCCAAGAAGAUAUUCCCGACGAAAGUACCCGACAAGAAGACUACCGAAAAACUUUCCGAACACGUGUCGUGCUAUUCUGGAUUCUGUCGAAUGCGGCUCUAGUCGCUGGUAUCACAAACUCCAAUGUCGAAAGUUUAAACAGUAUUCUGACCGCUGAUAGAAGAAGUAAUAUAUAUAUGGCUUUCGUGUUAUGGUCUGUGACUGGAUUGGCAGCUUUCCGAUGCAUAGGCAGUUGUACAUAUUUGUUAUUUAGACUUUUUACGGGUGAUUAA